UUUUCUUAUUUUAAAGCAUUUCCGCAAUUAAGGCAUCUAGCGAUUAGAAGAUACACUUCAGCUACGUUUACGCCCUCUUUUGGGGAAUAACUACUUUAACGUUUGGUUUUGUUUUAGUUUAACUGGAAUCGAGUUCGUGAAAUUCUUCUUCCAGGUAAAAAAUGCCACCAAAGAAAGAAGCUGCCCCAGAACCUAAACCUCUCAUUGGACGUGUUGGUACUAGUCUUAAAAUUGGGAUUGUCGGACUUCCAAAUGUUGGAAAAUCAACUUUCUUCAAUAUUUUAACUAAAAGUGCAGCACCUGCAGAAAAUUUCCCAUUUUGUACCAUUGAUCCUAAUGAAAGUAGGGUAGCAGUUCCUGAUGAGCGGUUUGAUUGGCUUUGUGAACACUACAAACCAGCUAGUAAAGUCCAAGCUUAUCUUAAUAUUGUGGAUAUUGCUGGGUUAGUAAAAGGAGCUCAUGAAGGUCAAGGACUGGGAAAUGCAUUUCUUUCUCAUAUCCGAAGCGUCGAUGCGAUUUUUCAUCUUUGUCGUACGUUUGAAAGUGAAGAAAUUACCCACGUUGAAGGCGACGUCAACCCUGUUCGCGACAUUGAAAUCAUCAACGAAGAACUCAGGUUAAAAGAUGAAGAAUAUCUUUUGGCCACCAUAAAAAAAACGGAAUCGUUAAUGCGUAGCGAUAAGAAGAUGAAGACAGAAUACGAUAUUUUGUGCAAAGUUAAGGCGCACCUUGUAGAUCAGGCAAAGCAUAUUCGGUAUGGUGACUGGAACGUACAAGAAAUUGAAAUUUUGAACAAGCAUUUGUUCAUUACGUCUAAGCCAGUUAUUUAUCUGGUUAACAUGGCAGAAAAAGAUUAUAUCCGGAAGAAGAAUAAAUGGUUACCGAAGCUCAAAGAAUGGAUUGAUGCCAAUGACCCUGGCGCAAUGAUGAUUCCGUUUUCUGGUGCCUUCGAAGGAAAGAUAGCCGACAUGGAUGCUGAUGCAAGGAAAGCUUUCUGCGAAGAAAAUAAAGCGAACAGUACGUUCGAGAAGAUUAUUGUGCAAGGAUAUAAAUGCCUCCAUUUAAUGUACUUCUUUACUGCGGGCCAUGAUGAGGUUAAAGCUUGGUCCAUACAGAAAGGAACUAAGGCUCCACAGGCGGCAGGGCGAAUCCAUUCGGAUUUCGAGAAAGGUUUUAUAAUGGCGGAAGUUUUUAAAUUCAACGACUUAAAAGAGGAAGGCAGUGAGGCAGCUGUCAAAGCAGGAGGAAAGUAUCGACAACAGGGCAAGCUUUACGUCGUUGAAGAUGGAGAUAUUAUCUUGUUCAAGUUCAAUGCCGGGGCUGGUCUCACUGCUGGGAAAGACGCCAAAAAGAAAUAAAAUCUUGCAUCAACCUUGCACAUGUUCCUUGGGUAUCUUUAACUAAGGGAUAAUACAAUGGGAAAGAUAACCAAUAAUAA